AUCGAUUGUGCAUAGUUGCGUGUGUGCAGAUUGCACCGCCGCUUCGAGCAGCAGUUUUAUUUACUAAUUAGAGUGCCGAUGUUCGGUAGAAAGCGUUAAAUGUGCGUGGAAAAUGUCGAAUCCGGGCGGUAGCAAGAGGAACGGGGCCAUGAAGAUUCGUUUGACGAUUUUAUGUGCCCGUAAUCUUGCCAGAAAAGAUCUAUUUCGCCUACCGGAUCCUUUUGCUAAAAUAACUGUUGAUGGUUCAGGUCAGUGUCAUAGUACACAUACAUGCAAGGCAACUCUAGAUCCCAUGUGGAAUCAACAUUAUGAUCUAUACAUUGGAAAAGAUGAUGGUAUUACUAUAUCAGUUUGGAAUCAUAAAAAAAUUCAUAAAAAAAAAGGUGGAGGAUUUUUAGGAUGUGUACGAAUAUUAUCCAAUACAAUUCAAAGACUCAAGGAUACAGGAUAUCAACGAUUAGAUCUUUGCAAAGCACAUUCAGAUGACACAGAUGUAGUUAAAGGAGAAGUUGUAGUAUCUCUUUUAUCACGAGAUGGUCAUAAUGGUGCUGUGAGUAAUACAGUGGGUCAUAAUGCAGUUGUUGAUGUUCUUGGAGAUCUGAGCUGUCCAACUGAUUUACCAGAUGGAUGGGAAGAAAGAAGAACUCGAAGUGGUCGACUUUAUUAUGUUAACCAUUAUACCAGAACUACACAAUGGAUUCGUCCAAAUGCACGACCUACUAAUGGUAUAAUACCAACUACACCUGAACCACCACCAUUACCUUCUUCUGAACCUACUUCUCCCAGUGGCAGUGGAAGUCCUCCUAAUUUAAGAACUGAAAGUCCUACCAGAUGCACACCUGAAUGGAAUGGAGAUGGAACACCUAGUAGAACACCUAGUAGAGAUAGUUCUACUCCAAAUACUCCAAGAAAUACACCUACUCAACAGCAAAAUAGAAAUACACAACAAAAUCAACAUAAUACAAGAAAUGUAACACCUGCUUCAUCAAGAGAACGAAGACCAAUUAGAGCAAGUGAUGAACAAAAUGGUAAUCAAAAUGGAAAUGUUAGAUCAGAUCGUAGUAUUAACAAUGCUCAACCACGAAGGCCUAAUCGAAGUAAUAGAAAUAGAAAUAGUGUAAUGAUUAAUAAUGAAAGGAGAUAUGAUCCUCCACAACCACCAGAUUUACCAAGAGGUUAUGAAAUGAGAAAAACACAACAAGGUCAAGUGUAUUUUUAUCAUGUGCCAACGGGAUCAUCUACGUGGCACGAUCCUAGAAUACCUCGUGAUUUACCAGCAAAUGAAUUAGCAAAUGAACUUGGGCCAUUACCGAGCGGAUGGGAAAUGCGACAGACCCAAAGUGGUCGUGUUUAUUUUGUAGAUCAUAAUAAUAGAACUACACAAUUUACUGAUCCAAGAUUAUCCAGUCAAAUCAUAAGCAAUUUAUUAAAUAGACGACAAAAUAGUACUAAUCAAACAACGAGUAAUUCAAAUAAUUCGGCAACUAUAAAUGAAUCUACAGAAAUAGAGACACCUGCAUCUCCAAGUAUUCAAUGCAAUAUUGUUCAGCAAAGAUCGAGAACAGAGAAUGGAAGUAAUAAUAACUCUCCAACAUUGGAAAAUACGGCUCAAAAUGCUCAAACUGUAUCAGAAUUACCAAAGGAACUAAUGGAUAAUGAACUUUUGCCGAAAUAUAAACGAGAUCUAGUGGCAAAAUUAAAAUGUUUGAGAGCAGAAUUAAAUGCUCUUCAACCUCAAAGUGGACAUUGUAGACUUGAGGUAUCAAGAAAUGAAAUAUUUGAAGAGUCAUAUAGAUUAAUAAUGAAAAUGCGACCAAAAGACAUGCGAAAAAGACUUAUGGUAAAAUUUCGAGGUGAAGAAGGUCUCGAUUAUGGUGGAGUAGCUAGAGAAUGGCUAUAUUUAUUAUCACACGAAAUGUUAAAUCCACAAUAUGGACUUUUCCAAUAUUCAAGAGAUGAUAAUUAUACACUUCAAAUUAAUCCAGAUUCAGGAAUAAAUCCAGAACAUUUAUCAUAUUUCCAUUUUGCUGGCAGAAUUAUAGGAAUUGCUGUUUUUCAUGGUCAUCAUAUAGACGGAGGUUUUACAACUCCAUUUUAUAAAAUGUUGCUUAAUAAAGCAAUUACUCUUACUGAUAUAGAAGGAGUUGAUCCAGAAUUACAUAGAAGUCUUACAUGGAUGUUAGAAAAUAGUAUAGAUGGAGUAUUAGAUGCUACGUUUUCAGUAGAACAUAGUAGUUUUGGAGUGUUGAAAAAUCAUGAACUUAAGCCAGGUGGUAAAGACAUUCCUGUAACUGAGGAAAAUAAAAAAGAAUAUGUUCGUUUAUAUGUAAACUAUCGUUUUAUGCGAGGAAUUGAACAACAAUUCCUGGCAUUACAAAAAGGAUUCCAUGAAUUAAUUCCACCUCAACUAUUAAGACCUUUUGAUGAAAGAGAAUUAGAAUUGGUCAUUGGUGGUUUAGGAACUAUCGAUAUUAAUGAUUGGAAGAUGCAUACACGAUUGAAACAUUGUACACCUGAUACACCAGUAGUAAAAUGGUUUUGGCAAAUAGUGGAAUCUUAUGGAGAAGAAAUGCGAGCUCGAUUACUCCAAUUUGUUACUGGAAGUUCUCGAGUUCCUUUGCAAGGUUUCAAAGCUUUACAAGGAUCUACAGGAGCCGCUGGUCCACGAUUAUUUACAAUUCAUGCUGUUGAUGCGCCAAGUGAAAACUUACCAAAAGCGCAUACCUGUUUCAAUAGAAUAGAUAUUCCAGAAAGUUAUCCAAGUUAUCAAAAAAUGCUUGAUAAACUUACACAAGCAGUUGAAGAAACUUGUGGUUUCGCUGUUGAAUAGGAAAUAUUUGUCGACAAAUUCUACUGUCGUUAAAUUAAAAAUAAACUUUUGAAGUACCAAGAGAUGUUAUGUAUGAGGAUAUGCAAAGAGUUAGUAUUAUAGAAUGAAAAUGUUAAUACGUAAAAUGUCAGAAAUAAUCUGACAAUGUUUUGUACAAAUGAUAAAAUGGCCUUGAUGGUUAUAAUGACUUCUAAGUGAUUGUCGAUUGGUACAUUAUGUGAACACUCUUGUGAUUUACACACUUCGUCCAUGAAGAUUUUAAUGAAUGGUUCCUCAGAAGUUUUGAUUAUAUUGGUCUUUAACUAUUUAUUAUUCAAUGACUGAUAGAGAUGUGCAAAAAUUAUAAUUUCAUUGAGGUAAAUAUUGAUUGGCCUAAACUUUUAUUUUAUUUAUAUUAAUCGCAUUUUCCAUCUUAACUUUACAAUCAAUAAUUUACUUAUUAUUUAAGAUCAUCAUCAAAGAAUUAACUUUAUUAUUUUCGAUAAAAAAUAUAAAAAUCAUGCAUGCACAAAUAUGUAUGGAAAAUGAAUUCUUUCAUAUAAUGAAAAACAUUGUUCAAUCAAAAUAUAUUCAUGUUAAUAUUUUAUAUUAAAUAAAAA